UCAAACAAUCAAGACAUAGAACCUGAAAUGUUAGACAAUCAAGACAUAGAACUUGAAAUGUUAGACAAUCAAGACAUAGGAUCUGAGGUGUUAGAUAGUCAGGAUGUAGAAUUUGAGACGCCAAAUUGUCAAGACGAAAACAUGGAACUAGAGGUGUUAGCAGCGUAUAAUAGUACAGAUGAUCUUUCUGACACUGAUAGUAUACGAAUUGGUGGUGGUGAAAGAAUAAAUACAGAAACUCAACAAGUAACAAAGUGGACAUAUUUGUGUCACCAUGCUGGAAAACCAGCAGAAAAUUCAAUCACAACUUUUAACAACGAACAUGUUGGUCAUGAACUUAGUCUGUUAGUAAGUCGUUUUGAUCUAAUGCUAAGAAAGCUGCCAAAAAACAUUGUUGAAGAAAUUAGGUUUUUAACAGUUAUUGCAAAAGCAAAUGCAACUAUACAAUACAGAAUAAUUAAAGAAAAAUACAAUGUUAGAAUACAUCGACCAGAUUUGUACACUACAAUACAGAUGUUUCAGAAUGACUCUGCUCCGGGUAAAGAUGACGCAGCAAUGUUGUUAAGACGACUUAAUGAAAAAAAAAUUGAAGAUCCCCGAUAG